UUCCGCACAUGCUCAGUUAUCUUGAACCUCUACCAAGCAGCGGACACAGAACGGCUAGAAAAGGGAUAAAAUAUUCGGACCUAACGCUGAACAAACGGGAUAUGUCCGCUUGAUUUUGGAAUAUAUGAACCAAUAGACGGUUAAUAAGGUGAAACAAGACGUGGGCAGUAACAGAAUACCAAAUAGGGGAUUAAGUGCCUCGGAUACCGGACCUACAAGUCAUCUUUUUGCCGGAGUAGGAAGGAAGAGACGAUUCGCCAACGGAAAAACACAUCACCGUGACACCAUGAACCCUGAAUAUGACUAUCUGUUCAAGCUCCUGCUCAUCGGAGACUCUGGGGUGGGCAAGUCCUGUCUGCUGCUUCGUUUUGCUGACGACACCUACACCGAAAGCUACAUCAGCACAAUCGGAGUGGACUUCAAGAUCCGCACCAUAGAGUUGGAUGGAAAGACCAUCAAACUGCAGAUCUGGGACACUGCAGGUCAGGAGAGGUUUCGCACCAUAACCUCCAGCUACUACAGAGGAGCACAUGGCAUUAUAGUAGUGUAUGAUGUGACAGAUCAGGAGUCCUAUAACAACGUGAAGCAAUGGCUACAGGAAAUUGACCGCUAUGCUAGUGAAAAUGUGAAUAAGCUGCUGGUUGGCAACAAGUGUGACCUUACCACCAAGAAAGUAGUGGACUACACAACAGCCAAGGAAUUUGCCGACUCUCUGGCCAUCCCCUUCUUGGAGACCAGUGCGAAGAAUGCAACAAACGUAGAGCAGGCUUUCAUGACCAUGGCUGCGGAGAUCAAGAAGCGUAUGGGCCCCGGAGCCACAGCCGGAGGGGACAAACCCAACCUCAAAAUUGAGAGCACCCCAGUCAGGCAGUCCAGUGGGGGCUGCUGUUAAAGGACCCCUCCGCCCACCCACUACACCCCACCCACUUCCCCCAUGUCACUCAGAUCGGUCAUCCUUCAACUAUUACCAUCUACAUCACCCCCUGUGGAGUGGAGGAACACAAAUUCUCCAUGACUGAAAAGGACCUCAUCUGACAAAGUAGAGGGGAAGCAUUGCUUUCGAUACAGGACAACAAAAACCUGGAGAUGGGUCUGGAUUUAGUGGGCAAUUGAGGCAAGAUGAUGUUUAAAUACAAACACACACACACACACAAUCCCCUUUUACACAGAAAUCUUUGCAAAGUGAUUAUUUAUUUGCAACUUUUAUAACACUUCAUCUCAUAAUGUAACAUAUCUGUCAAGUGUGUUAUACCUGUUGUAGUUUAGACAUGUGACAGAUCAUAGGGAACUGACAAAAUUUAUCUCUUGUUUCUCACUGGACUCCAUUCACAAAACAAAAAAAAAUGCACCAGAUGCCCUUCCUUUUGUUUCCAUUUAUCCAGGCUUGGGACUUGCAUACACACUGUUACAAGCCACAUCACAAAAAUUCUUCGCUUCUUUCAUAUGCUGUGUAAAAGGGGCUACACACUUACAAGCUAGCUGGGGCAGUGCAACGCAGGUAGUUUUUGGCCACGUGGCUUUUUAUAGGCGAUGGGGCCUUGCUAUUUAUUGACGAUUCGACAGGGAAAGCUCGUCCUUUGAGCCUUCUGCCUGCCCCUCUCCUCUCUCCAAAUUUCUUCAAUGCAUGGACUUAAUGAUUUACACAUUUCAAAGCAACAGCAGAUAUAGUAGUUUAACGCCAUAUUUCCACUCUUGGCUUGUUACUGCUUAACCAUUUUAAACUCUUAAGAUCUGACUAGAACCGGUUCCUAUAGUGCCUGGUCACUCCUCCCACAUUUCACGCAGAGCUAGCUGUCAAGCUAACCUGGCUAAUCAUUUUUGGCUUUGGAUAAACCAUGCCUUUUGUAAAUAAUUUAUACUGUACCACCCCAAUAAUAACAAUGUGACUUCACAUUUGUUUUGAAAUUCAGUGUAAAAUGCUUUGCACUGCUGAACGAUUUAAAAAUAGAUCUUGCCAUUCUUGACAACAGCUAGCGAGCGCAAACUAAAGCUGGCAGGUUUUAUCCAAGAGCCAGAAAUUUAUGGCUAAGAGGUCAGACUGACACAACUGUAUUUUAAUCUCAUGAUGGUUUUGACACUAAAUACUGUGCAAGGGCAAUGGCAUACAGUCUGCUUAAUCUAAUAAUAAGCCCUUAAUAGUUGUUGUUGUGGUUUUAAUCUUUUAUUUGGGCUGUACAUUGUGAACAGUACAGCGGUGGAUGUGGUUUUGCUUGCUAGCAGAUGAAGCAGGGUGCAGACUUGGUAUGUGUGUGUGUUUGGGGAUGGGUUCACUAUUCUUUCCUUCCAGUUCUGUUCUGGUAAAUUUCUGCUUUCCUUUUGCCUUACAAGUAGUUUGGCUUCUCCCUCACAAUGCAUCCAUCUUUACAACCUACCCAGUCUUGUUGUUUGUUCACCUGCUAUUGUCUUCUGUUUAAAUUAUCCAGGGCAGUUAAACCCAAUGAAGUGUGUGGAUUACCUGGGCUUAGGCUCUUAGUUCUUAUUUCAAAUUGUAGCAUGCUAAAGUGCAACAAAGCAAACUCUGCACAAAAUUUGCCAUUUACAGAGUUUAACAUGUUUAAACCAGUUCAGUGAAAGGUUUGCGAUUGGCUAGCUUAUUUUGCUGUCCAAUUUAAAAAGCAAAAAGUUAUUUAAUUUAACAUAUGGAUGCAUGUAUAAAUAAUACUAAAGUUUGCAGUGUAUUCUUUUAUCUGUAACUAUUUCGCUCUGCACUCUGGCUAAAUGUCGUUUGCAUUGUUUUCUACCAAAAAAUUCAAAAAGGUUUCCUACAUUUUCUUUGGUCCCAAUACUCUGUACACACAGUAGUUGGCACAGUGACAGUGAGACUUAGACAGGAAUGUGGGGGGUUUCAUACACAAUGCUCAGAGUUGGUCAUCUUCUCGCCACGGUGUUGGGUCUCAGCAGUAUUUCCAGGGAACCUUUGAGGAAUGCACAGAAACAACCAUUAACUGCCCCCUGCCCAGCCCCUUACUGCAGCCGCUGCUCUGUAAAAUACACAAGCUAUUGAGGAGUGGUCUUGGAAGGGCAAUACUAAAAUCCUGUAGGUUUGGCUUGGUUGAAUUUGAGAAGAAAGAUCCAGGUUUACAGAAAUUGGUCAACCAGAAAACUACAAAAAUGUCCUUCCUGGAGUAGAUGAGCUUUGAUAUUCCCUUUACAAACCUCUUGUAUGCUAAGUGUAGACCCUCUGAGGCUUCCGUAGAUUGUGGAACAUUGUUUUAAUGGGUGUGAGAGAAUGAAUUGUUAAAAUAUUUGACACUACACAGAAGCCAGAGAACCAUUUAAUUUGGUCUGUUUUAAAUUAGUUCAUCUUAAUGAAGAAUUGCUGGCAUGGUUGAAGUCAAGAUUUUUUUUAUUUAUUAUUUGAUAUCACAAAUAAACAUCAACAGUUAAUAAUAACAACAACUCUAAAUUAAUGCAGUUCAUUUAAAAAAAUCUCUCUAAUAGGAUCUUUAACAGCAUUCAUUUUGAUGUUAGGAUAUCUUAUGGCGCACGUUUAGGGGUGUCCAGAGUUUUAGGGACUGACUGGUCAUGGAUUAGUUGACUGGAUAUGAACUCCCAACUCUCCCCAUAGACCACCAAUUGCAUCCCUUUAAAAAAAAAAACAAAAUCUCAUUGCCUUAUAUUGUAAUAGGUAUCGCUUACAUCGCAGGUAUUGGACAUAAUGACUUCCACAGUCUUGGAGAUGAGCCUUGCCGUUGCCUUGCGUCAGCUUCAGUUUACACUCAUUUAUUUAUAGCCUUGAUUUUUGUGUCACGUCAUGCUAAACCAGAAUGCUUGUCUUAAAAGUACAAGACUUUAAAAAAAUUAAUAUACCUGUGGGGGAGGGAACAGUUGUGUUUUUGCGUGUUUGCAGUGCGUCAUAUGGAACAUUCCUGAGUUUUUUUGGACAUAUGUUGGCAUCCCAGCAUUCACAUCGGUCUCACUGAAGUAGAUGCAAAACAAGCAAUGUAAAAAAGAAAUAGUCACACAUGUCCCAAUAUUUGAAUAUGAUUUUUACACAAUUUGAGAAAAAUAGUCACAAAUCUUCUAGUAGCCUGGAAAUUAUAUGUAUUUUUUUUUUAAACUUUCAUUAUGUCUGUAUUUGUUUUCUGCAGUUCUCAUGUAUUGUGUUGUCUAGUUCAUUAAAGUGUACGGGGACAUAGGGUUUGCGUUAUUUGAAUGUGAUUCUAAUGAAAAACAUGUUUUUAUUUUGUAUUUCCUGUGUGUUUGGGGUGUUGUCCUUGUCAUUUGCACAUUGAUUCUUUUCUUGCUGUCAGUGGAGGGGUUGAUUAUAUCUGAAAUGCCUCUCAGUCACUGUUCUUGUCUUUUUUUUUCAGCUAUUUCUCUGCUGUCUCCCUGCUGAGUUUGAUCAUGUUUUUCUGUACAUAUUAUAAAUAUACUAUAUAUAAUAAAACAGUCAAACGGUCACCUUUA